CAGUGGUGACCAACUGCGACGAGCCCUGAAUUGGGUGACAGCAGCCUACGAUGAUGUGUAGAUGAGAGAGAGAGACCUCAGACAAUAAAAUGCGAUGGCCAGAUGAAGAGGAAAUGAGCCAGUGUGAUCCAGCGAUUUCACGCGGCGUUUUUUUUUAUCCAAUCAAUAUGAUGAUGAAAAGGAGAAGGAGAAGAAUAGCGUCUUUGUUACGACACCAACAUAAGGAUAGCCUGAUGGUUGCAAAUGGUUACGUUCGCACAGCCUGAGCUAUAUAAGCUAGAGAAGAUCAUAUCAUUAAUCGACAUUGCGAGCCAUGAAAUGACAUAACGUCUAGGCCUGUAUGCUGUAAUACAUAAUAACGUCAAUGAUGAUCAUUUUUCACUAAAAGGACUGGAUUUGAAAGCUGCAGCACUAGGGAAUAUCACAGCGGAAAUUACAUUAAACUCCAAAUAACGGAUGGAGGAGAGCAUGCAUGAAUUAACGGAGCGGAGAAACUCAGCGGCGAUAUUAAAGAGAUGAAACACCUUUCGUUCUCUCUUUAUGUACUCAACCAGCCCGCGGGGGAGAGGUGAGAGACAACCAGGAGCAGCCGAUGAUCGGAGAGAACAGCGGCCACAGCGCAGCGGCAGGCAUCCGGGACAGUGAUAACUCAGAGAGAGCGCUGUUUACUGUCAUCUGAGAUCUGGCUCCGAACCAGCGGUGAGGCAUGGGCUGCGCUCCCAGCAUCCACGUCUCCCAGAGCGGCGUGAUCUACUGCCGAGACUCGGAAGAGUCCAACUCUCCGCACCAGACCACCACUAUAUCCCAGGGCACCGCGGCCACCCUCCAUGGGCUGUUCAUCAAGACGGACGCGGCCGACACCAUCCCCUCGGUAAUCACUUACCAGACCAGGCAGUCCCGGAACAAAUCUCACGGAGAGAGGAGAGAGAACAGCGGGGGACACAUCUGCAUCGAGGCCGAGACACAGACCAGUCACACCAGUGGCAAGGUAUCAGCCACAGAAGAGUGUGUAGGACCUAUGAGACUGACCCAAGAACCUAUUCAGGUCCUGCUGGUGUUUGCGAAGGAGGAUGGUCAGAGCGAUGCCUUCUGGUGGGCGUGUGACCGGGCGGGUUUCAGGUGUAACAUUGCCCGAACGCCCGAGUCCGCUGUCGAAUGUUUCCUGGACAAGAACCACGAGAUCGUGGUCAUUGAUGGACGCCACUCACAAUACUUUGAGGCAGAGGCUGUCUGCCGGUUGGUCCGUGCCACAAAGCCCUCAGAACACACAGUCCUUCUGGCCAUUGUGCCACAGACGCCUUUAGAUCAGGAGGAGCCGUCUGUUCGUCCUCUCCUCUGCGCUGGAUUCAGCAGAAGGUAUGUGGAGAACAUUAGUGUCUCUGCCUGCUAUAACGAAUUGCUCCAGAUAGAACAUGGAGAGGUGCGCUGCCAGUUCAAACUCAGGGCGUGUAACUCAGUCUUCACUGCUCUGGACCACUGUCAGGAGGCUGUGGAGAUCACCAGUGAAGACCAUGUGAUACAGUACGUGAACCCAGCGUUUGAGCACAUGAUGGGAUACCACAAAGGAGAGUUAAUAGGGAAAGAGCUGACAGAACUCCCCAAGAGUGACAAGAACCGAGCAGAUCUUCUAGACACCAUCAACACCUGCAUCAAGAAAGGAAAGGAGUGGCAGGGGAUCUACUACGCCAGGAGGAAGUCAGGUGACAGCAUACAGCAGCACGUCAAGAUUACGCCUGUGAUUGGCCAGGGAGGUAAAAUCCGCCAUUUUGUCUCCAUCAAGAGGCCCCACAGUGACAACAACAAACAGGUCCAAAAGAUCAACAGAGAUGGAGACCAUUCCCAGUCAGAAAGCCAUUCCCUGCGUCACAGAGACAGGAGGAAAGAGUCUGUUGAUGCCCGGUCAAUCAGCUCACGUAGCAGUGAUGCUCCCAGUCUGCAGAACCGGAGGUACUCCUCUGUAGCCAGGAUCCACUCUAUGACCAUAGAGGCCCCCAUCACCAAGGUGAUCAACAUCAUCAACGCGGCCCAGGAGUCCAGUCCGGUUUCGGUAGCGGAUGCACUGGACCGGGUCCUGGAGAUCCUGAGGACCACAGAGCUCUACUCUCCUCAGCUGGCCUCCAAGGAAGACGACCCACACACCAACGACCUCGUCGGGGGGCUCAUGAGUGAUGGCUUACGGAGCCUGUCUGGGAACGAGUAUGUCUUCUCCAAAAGUACCCUUCCAAAUAUGAGUCAGCUGGCCAUCCCAGUAACGCUGAAUGACAUCCCUCCGGCCAUCGCUGAGAUGCUGGACGAUGAGGACCAAUGGGACUUUAACAUCCUAGAGCUGGAGGCUGCCACCUGUAUGAGACCUUUGACCUACCUGGGCUUGAAGAUCUUUGCUCGCUUCAGUGUGUGUGAGUUCCUGAGCUGCAGUGAGGCUACGCUACGCUGCUGGCUGCAGGUCAUAGAGGCUAACUACCACGCCUCCAACUCCUACCACAACUCCACCCACGCCGCUGACGUCUUACACGCUACUGCCUACUUCCUACGCAAGGAGAAGGUCAAGGGCAGUCUGGACCAGCUGGACGAGGUGGCUGCGUUAAUCGCGGCGACGGUCCAUGAUGUGGACCACCCAGGGAGGACCAACAGCUUCCUGUGUAAUGCAGGAAGUGAGCUGGCCAUCCUGUAUAACGACACUGCAGUGUUGGAGAGUCACCAUGCCGCCCUCGCCUUCCAACUCACCGUCAGGGAUAUCAAGAGCAACAUCUUCAAAAACAUCGACAGGACUCAGUUCAGGACGUUGAGGCAGGCAAUCAUAGACAUGGUGCUGGCUACAGAGAUGACCCGUCAUUUUGAACACGUCAACAAGUUUGCCAACAGCAUCAACAAACCAAUGGCUGCCAUCGAGGAGUCCAGUUCAAAUAGUGAAGGCAGUGACAACGAGGGUCCAGCCAGCAUCAGGAACAGCCCAGAGAACCGGCUGCUGAUCAAGAGGAUGAUGAUAAAGUGUGCUGAUGUGGCCAACCCCUGUAGACCUCUGGAGCUCUGCAUAGAAUGGGCCGGACGCAUCUCUGAGGAGUACUUUUCCCAGGUGAGCGGGAUGACAGGGAUGGAAGGAGGAAGAGAGGGCUGCUGGAGGAGGGGAUGGCUAUAUGUUAAAUGUGGGAUGACAGGGAUGGAAGGAGGAAGAGAGGGCUGCUGGAGGAGGGGAUGGCUAUAUGUUAAAUGUGGGAUGACAGGGAUGGAAGGAGGAAGAGAGGGCUGCUGGAGGAGGGGAUGGCUAUAUGUUAAAUGUGGGAUGACAGGGAUGGAAGGAGGAAGAGAGGGCUGCUGGAGGAGGGGAUGGCUAUAUGUUAAAUGUGGGAUGACAGGGAUGGAAGGAGGAAGAGAGGGCUGCUGGAGGAGGGGAUGGCUAUAUGUUAAAUGUGGGAUGACAGGGAUGGAAGGAGGAAGAGAGGGCUGCUGGAGGAGGGGAUGGCUAUAUGUUAAAUGUGGGAUGACAGGGUAACAGGGCAGAAGGUAAAGGAAUGGAGAGGGGUAAGAGGACAGCGAGGGGUUAGAAUGAGGAAUGGAGAGGGGUAAGGGGACAGCGAGAGGU